AUGUACGCUGCUGGUACGGUGACGGCUAGCGGGAGCACACUGAGCUUUGCACGCAACGAGGGAUUGUCCCCGCGGAUGCUGUCUGUGGAUAUCCCGUUUCUCCCUGGAACACACCUGAAGGCGGCAUGCAACAGUGUUGGCGGGAGAGUGCUGACGACGGCGGCUGAGUACGCUGCGGCUGGUUUCGGCAACGCCGCGCGCAUCGAAGUUGUUGACUGUGACACGUGCGACAAGGACGCGUACUGCUACGCUCCCGGGACGGCGUCAGCCGCCGAGGAGGGUGACGAGUGCGUGUGCAAUUGCGGCAGCAGCGGACAUGGUGAGGCGUGUGUGCCUGUGGAGAACGUCACGCUGCCGCCCGCCCCGAGUUCUCCGUCGUCGUUUGUCCUCGAGAAUACAACGGUGCGAUCGACGAUCGUUGUGCCGACUGGCGUGAGCGAGGUGACGCUGCGCCACGUGGAGCUGGACGGCGUGCAUACGACGAUCUACGUGGCGUCAAGGGUGGUCCGCGGUGUUCGGAUUGUCGUGCAGAACGUGUCGCUGCGCAAUGGGGCCGUGCUGUAUGUGAUGGGCGGCGCUGGUGGCCGGCGCCUGCGAACUGUGGCGCAAGGGGAGACUGCUUACGAUAUCGAUGAUGACGACAGCCGUGCGGUGCAGCUGUCGAUAUGUGGCGUGGUUUCGUUCAACGGUGCAAUUGUUCUGACAGGCACGUUCCCCGCAGGGUCUGUACUGACCAUGACGGACUCGCUGAUGAUCACUGCGGCGGCGACGCCGCUUGUGUACCUUCCCGGUUCGCAGGCUGCGCAGUAUUCCCCUGUACUGGUGCUGUCAAACCUGCGGCUUGUGCAAUCUGUGCUGGUACUACACGGGGUUUCCCUGGUUGCUGUGAUGGCGGGCGGACGGACGGUGGUCGCGGAGGGUGCGGCGCUGGAGCUCACUGGCAGUGGUGUGGCGCUGGACGCAGUUGUGCUUGGCGGCGAGGUUGCUUUGUACGCUGGCGUGCGGGUGACUGCAUCGGAUGGCUCCGUACUGCGAGUGUCAGAGAGCAAGGUGUACGCUGGGCGUGGUGUGGCGCUUGACAUGGGCGUUGCGGCGAACGCGUCUGCUGUUGUUGUUGGCGACAACACAGGAGCAAUGAGUAGUGGUGCGCUGUUGACGGUCCAGGGGGUGGCAUCAUUUGUGUCCGGCUCGUGGCUGUCACUUCGCGGCAACCGCAUUUCCGGCAAGCUUCUGUCACUGCCAUCAUACCCAUCCAGUGCGGAAUUCGUGGAGAGCACGCUCACGCUGUACGAUAACAGAGGCAGCGGGUCCGAUGUGAUGGACGGCGCCGUCGCGCUGGGGAGCGCUGGGCGCAAGUUUGUGGUUGGGUGUCUGAGUCUCAACGGACAGAUAUUGCAGCCGAGGGAGUACCAAUCCGUUGGUAUCACCGGCGUGACGCGCACCGUGGCGUGCAACGCGUGCAACGUUGACGUGAGCUGUUUCCCUGGCGCUACGAGGUCGAUGUCUGAGACGUGUCGCUGCCGCUGCACGGAGGGCGGGUACGGGCGCGACUGUCUGCCGGUGUACCUGCCGCACCCGGACGGCUGCAAUGCAACGGGACCGAAGCCGGAGCUGAGCUACACAGUAACGCUGACAGAGACGCGCAGCAUGACGCUGACAUCUACGCUGACGGUGCCGACACCUACGGCGACCCUAACCGUGACGCGCUACAGCCCGACAUACUACGGGCCGACGUUGACGCGGCAGCUGACUCCCACGGCGACGCUGACAGAGACGGUUUUCGUGACGCCCCUGCCGCCCCGCACAGUCACGACGUCGUUGACGGUGAGUGUGACCCCGUCGAUGACCGACACGGCCGGGCAUCGCAGCGUGGCGUGCCCCACACUCCGCGUGUCAACCAACGCGCACGGCGGUGGCCUCACGCAGAACGACAUCCGCAGCGGGGGCGCAGUACCGACGUGGCUGCUAGUGGAACUGCCGGCGCCGUUCCGGUGGGCGAGCGACCCGCAGCUCACUACGCGCCUGAGAUUCGUGCUGCGGUCAGCUGUGCAGCCGAACGGGUUCAGCGGCCCGUGGGGAGAAAUGCUUCGCAACGCAACAUGGACGCGCAACGCCACAAACCCGUACAACGUGCUGGAGCUUGCUGUGCCUGUGUACGGUGGCUACUUCAUCGGUGCUGAUGAAACAAUAUUCAUCGAGUGUGAAGCGCGGGCGGUGUACGGCGAGUGCGACGGGGUGGUGCUCGGGUCCUUCACAAUUGCGUCAAACACACCGCCUUCCCUGUCGAACGCGCUCUCUGUGAUCGAUGGUGUUGUCGCUGGGGUGACGGUUGUCGCUGUCGUUGUCACUGGUGGACUCGGAUCGUCAUGCCGGUGUUACCACUGUUUUUGUGAUGAUGUGAAGUGCUCUGGUGUGGCCGGAGCGAAGGGGGAUUUGCCUUUGGUGCACGCAUUUUGUAUUUUUUCUUCCGUCCUUUGUUUUUGUGGUGUGAAGAAAAGACAACUCGUACUAGUUGUAUUUAGGCUUAGUGAGACAGUUUUUUUUUUUUUU